ACUCUGAUAAGUUUCACUUUUUAAUUUCGAUGCAUUCUGUUGAUUAAAUCUGAAACGGAGAGACAUCGCGAUUUGCAUGGACCAAACAAAGAAACCCGCAUAUAGCUGAAAAAUGUCUAUUUUCAAGGCGCGAGUUAAGGAAUUCGAGGAUGUUCUGGCGCCACCCCAAGAUGAGAUUGAUCUGAAGCAGCUCCGGAGACUGGCUUUCAAUGGUGUGCCCGAUGUACAAAGUUUUCGUGCCCUGAGCUGGAAGCUUCUACUUGGCUACUUGGCUCCCAAACGCAGUACUUGGGCAUCCACUCUUGCCCAGAAGAGGGCACUUUAUAAGCAAUUCAUUGAAGAGCUAGUUUUGCCCCCGGGACACUCAAAUAACGGUGACUCAGGCUCCGGAGACCAGGCGGAUUUGAGGGGCGUUGGCCUGCAAGAUCAUCCCCUGAGUGAGGGACCCGAAAGUGCUUGGAAUACGUUUUUCAGCGACAACGAGUUCCUGCUGCAGAUCGACAAGGAUGUGCGGCGAUUGUGUCCGGACAUAUCCUUCUUUCAACAGCCCACUGAAUAUCCCUGCACCAUUGUAGUCCACAGCAAGGGGGAGCAUGGGCGAAGACUGCACGAACGGGUGGUUCCCGCCGUUCUCAGCUCGGCAAAUGUGGAGCGCAAGGGACUUGGUAUGACCAAGAUAAAUUUGAUUACCAAACGCUCUGUUGAAAACUAUGCCGCAAUGGAGGAGGGCCAAGAAGCCCACUGGGAGGUGGUGCAACGAAUACUCUUUAUUUACGCCAAACUGAAUCCCGGGCAGGGCUAUGUUCAAGGUAUGAACGAGAUUGUGGGACCUAUUUACUAUGUGAUGGCCUCGGAUCCGGAUCUCUCCUAUCGAGAACAUGCCGAGGCGGAUUGCUUUUUCUGCUUCACAGCUUUGAUGAGCGAGAUUAGAGACUUUUUCAUCAAAACACUGGACGAUGCCGAAGGCGGCAUCAAAUGCAUGAUGGCGAGGCUAUCAAACAUGUUAAAAGACAAAGAUCCAAAUAUCUACGAGCGCCUGAAGACCCAGGAACUGCACCCGCAAUACUACAGUUUCAGAUGGCUCACCUUGCUCCUAUCACAGGAGUUUCCACUGCCGGAUGUGCUGCGCAUUUGGGAUUCCGUAUUCUCCGACGAGCAUCGUUUUGACUUUCUAAUCAAGAUCUGUUGCUCCAUGAUGUUAAUCCAAAGAGAAGCUAUACUGGAAAACGACUUUGCGUCCAACGUGAAGCUGCUGCAAAACUAUCCUCCAAUCGAUAUCAAUGUUGUGAUCACCCACGCCGUUUCCUUAGCGUAGCAAUAACCCCUUUAUACUUGCCGAAGAAUAUCCCCCUCAAGGGCGAUAUAAACCAACCAAGCAAUCAACUGC